UUCUUUCUCUCUCUAAAAAACCUCUCUCUACCGCUUCCAAGUCCUACAAGAACCCAUUCCCUCCUCAGCCCUUCUUUACUUCUUCUCAAACUCUCAACUUCAAACCUCUUUCUCUUCUUUCUCUCUCCAUCAACUCAAACUAACACACUAUUCACCUUCUCACAUUCAAACCAAACACAACACACGAAUGGCAAUUGAAAACCAAGACAACACCUCUGUCAGAGAAAUCAAACCAAAAAACAGAAGAAUCAUGGGUGCUGGAGGUCCUGAAGAGGAUGAUAAUAGAUGGCCACCAUGGUUGAAACCUUUACUGAAAGAAAAUUUCUUUGUUCAAUGCAAGUUACAUGCUGAUUCACACAAAAGUGAAUGUAACAUGUAUUGUUUGGAUUGUAUGAAUGGUCCUAUCUGUUCACUCUGUCUUGCAUACCAUAAAGAUCAUAGUUUCAUUCAGAUUAGAAGAUCUUCAUACCAUGAUGUGAUUAGGGUGAAUGAGAUUCAGAAGGUAUUGGACAUUACUGGUGUUCAAACCUACAUUAUCAACAGUGCAAGAGUUGUUUUCUUGAAUGAAAGGCCUCAGCCAAGGCCAGGGAAAGGUGUCACAAACACUUGUGAAGUUUGCGAGCGUAGUCUUCUCGAUUCCUUCCGGUUCUGCUCUCUUGGUUGCAAGAUUGUAGGAACAUCUAAGAAUUUCCAGAAGAGAAAGAAACAGAUAACAGCAAUGGCAUCAGAUUCUGAAGAUUCAUACAGUAGCAACAACAGCAACAACCACAUUCAUAGCCGUCAGAAGAAAAUCAAAGUUCAAAGCUUCACACCAUCAACACCACCUCCAACUUCUGUUAAUUACAGAACAGCCAAGAGAAGAAAGGGAAUACCACAUAGAGCCCCAUUGGGGAUAGAUAAUUGGUAUUAUUAAUAGUUGGUAAUUUUAUUUUAUUUGCUAAAAUGACCCUAUGUCAAGUACUAUCUUUUCUUUUUUCUUUUUUUUUAAUGUUUUUCUAUAGUGGUGUUUCUAGUGUUUGGUGUAUAUAGCAAAAAUCCAAUAGAAGUGGAGAAAGUUGGGUAGUAGAAAAUAAAAGACACCUGUGAAAUAGUUGGUGGUGCAUUUAGCAGAAGAAGUAAGUCUCUUUUUUACUAAAGUAAUUAUACCUAAGUUUUGUGGUUGAGGAUGUAAAUGUGGGGUUAGUAAGAUGUGGUGGAAAAGGGAAUGACAAUGUGUACUCCUUGAAAAAGGUGGUAUGUCUAUAUAUGGAAAUACAAAAAUAAAAGGGAUCUUUUCUUAUUUUA